GUACAACCAAACACCUCCUAAAUUAAAUUAAAAAUAAAAUUAAAAAAAUCUCUCAUUUCUUCCCUCUCUUCUCCAGAAUCUUCUUCUUCUUUUAGUACACUUAGGGUUUUCACUUCUCCGUUAUCGCUCGUCGGAGUAACGGUAGCCGUUGGAUCUACCCGAUGGAGGAAGAAGAUGAAAGGAACGGUUGUGAUGAGAGUAGUGAAACGAGUGAUUACACAUCAGAAGAUGAAGGUACUGAAGAUUAUAGACGUGGAGGUUAUCACGCCGUUCGAAUUGGUGAUACAUUUAAACAUGGAAGAUAUGUAGUACAAAGUAAACUUGGUUGGGGACAUUUUUCUACUGUUUGGCUUGCUUGGGAUACACAAAAAUCUAGAUAUGUUGCUCUAAAAGUUCAAAAGAGUGCUCAGCAUUAUACAGAAGCGGCUAUGGAUGAGAUUACUAUAUUAAAGCAGAUUGCAGAGGGAGAUUCAGAUGAUAAGAAGUGUGUCGUGAAGCUAUUGGAUCAUUUUAAGCAUUCCGGGCCGAAUGGACAGCAUGUUUGUAUGGUAUUCGAAUACUUGGGAGAUAAUCUUUUGACUGUAAUUAAGUACUCAGACUAUCGAGGGCUAGCGAUUCAUAAGGUUAAAGAAAUUUGCUUCCAUAUUUUAGUGGGUUUGGAUUAUUUACAUCGUCAGCUUUCUAUUAUUCACACGGACUUGAAGCCGGAAAAUAUUUUGCUAUUAUCAAUGAUUGAUCAAAGUAAAGAUCCGACAAAGUCAGGCGCUCCCCUCAUUCUCCCUUCUAGUAAAAGUAAAAUUCUCUCUGAAUCCGGGGCUUCCAAUGAAAUAAAGAGUUCAAAUGGCGACCUGACUAAGAACCAGAAAAAGAAAAUACGGAAAAAGGCUAAGCGAGCAGCUCAAAGAUGUACGGGCAAGGAAGCUUCUGAAGAAACGGAACAAGAUAAUGAAGCCAGUAGUCCCGAAAAGUCUAACCCUGAUGAGAAACCUAAUAAAGACUCAGUUGAAGGAAAGACUAAUACCAAAACAAGUGAAGGUGGCUCAACGAUGGAUGAAGCAAGAGAUGGACAGCAGAGAAAUCAAAGACCUAAAAGAGGCAGCCGAACCAUGAGGCAGAAACUAUUGGCUGAUGUGGACCUUAAGUGCAAAUUAGUCGACUUUGGUAAUGCAUGCUGGACGUAUAAGCAAUUUACAAGUGAUAUCCAGACAAGACAGUAUAGAUGUCCUGAGGUUAUCCUAGGCUCUAAAUAUUCUACUUCAGCUGAUCUUUGGUCCUUUGCUUGCAUUUGCUUUGAGCUUGCCACUGGUGAUGUUCUUUUCGAUCCUGACAGUGGUGAUAACUAUGACAGGGACGAGGAUCACUUGGCCCUCAUGAUGGAGCUUCUUGGAAUGAUGCCACGCAAGAUUGCCUUAGGUGGGCGCUAUUCGCGGGAAUUCUUCAACCGAUAUGGAGAUUUGAGGCAUAUCAGACGAUUGCGGUUCUGGCCUAUGAGUAAAGUGCUUAGGGAAAAGUAUGAGUUCAGUGAACAAGAUGCUAAUGAGAUGGCAGACUUCCUUGUUCAAAUACUUGAUUUUGUGCCUGAGAAAAGACCUACUGCAGCUCAAUGUCUCAGUCAUCCGUGGAUCACUGGAGGCCCUCGGGAUCUUGCUCCUUCUACAACUAAUUCUAUAUCCGAAGCAACUGAAAACGGUGGCUCGGAGAAGAAGAGGGAGAAGGAUGAGAGGGAGGCAAUGGAAGUAGGAGUAGGCAAUAUUGUGAUUGAUGGAACCACAAAGCCUGUCAAAGUUUCUCAAUCCGUAAAUCCAGCGAAGCAGAGUUGACUGAUUCAGAUUAACCGAAAGUGAAGGGUCUUAUCACACGAAAAAGGUAAUUAGGGGCCUUGUUCAAUUAAGAGUUGUGAGAUCAAAGUUCUUGUUCCGCGAUUAUUGUUCAAUUAGUAGUUGUGAGACUAAAAGUUUUUGUUCCGUGAUUUUUGUUCAAUUAAGAGUUGUGAGAUUAAAGUACUUGAUCCGCGAUUACCCUGCUGAUUAAGUUUACCUAUUACAUUCUAUCGCUGCUUAUUUUCCCUUUUUCACUAAUUAGUGCCCUGCAAGAAUAUGCAAGAUAGUAUUUCGGGAGACAUUGUUUACCAUGUGAAAUCAGGGCCAUUUUUUGGCCUGGGAUACUUUGCGAUGAUAUAAAUCUGCACGAGAGAACAAGACAAUAAUUACAAACCGCUAACCCAACAGAGGAAAAUUUGAACCCAAAAGGGGUUCAGAUAUCAAUACAUAAAUGGCAUUGUUUAAGUUCACAAUCUGUUGUCCACACGACUAUGAAUGAAGGUAUGAUAUUUCAGAUAAUUUUAUCUUGGACAUGAGAACUCUCUCAAAGGCUACUCUUCUACUUAGCUGACUCAACACUGUCCUAUAUUGUGUUUACAAGAGUACAAUCAACCCCACUUUUUAUGUUAAAAUGUUGCACUAACUUAUUUUGGGAGAUAUUACACUACAUAAAAA